AUGCCCCCUCUUACGAGAACACAAUCCACAAAGUCAAUUGCAAAUAUCGAAAAUGAUUAUCCCUCCAAUACGGAUUCCUCCAAGAGCUCCCUUGCACCGGUAGCUCCAACCAGCAAUCCGAACGGUGCAUCUUCUUCGUUUUUAGAAAAGAACGCCACCUCUACAGAACGUUCGGUUCUUUCAGAUCUUUCCAACAAUCAGUCUAGGAGAUCUAAAAUUAAUAACUUUUACGAAAGACCAUCGAUAACCGUUCCUUUUUCGGUUUGUGAAAGUCCUCAAAAUGCUCAAAUCGAUGAGUAUGACGCCGACGACGCUGGCGACCCUACCAUGGCGCCGGAGUAUGUCUCCGAAAUAUAUCGCUAUCUAAAAUCAAUUGAGGUUCGAUCCCAUCAAUCGGCUUAUUUUGUAGAUUAA